AGAUAACAUCAAGAUGCCCAAGAUUGAAGAAACUGUGCUCCAGAAUGAUUCCAGUGAAGCAGAGGGUGAGGCCCAUAAGCCUGAAACACCAGAGCAGAGCCAGGAAAACAAGAGCUUCUGUUCAGAAGACCACUGUCCUGAGCGCCAACCUGAAGUACUUUCUGUCACAGAGCUGAUAGAGACAAUUAACGAAGUUUCUAAGCUUAGCAUUGCUCAUGAAAUCGUGGUAAACCAAGAUUUCUAUAUGGAAGAGAGUGUUUUAGCUCCCAACAGUCUGGAAGGCAGGUUCGUGGAGACAAUGUACAAAGCUUUUUGGGACCGUCUGAAAGAUCAGCUAUUGAGUACUCCCCCUGACUUCACUUGUGCUCUUGAACUUCUAAAAGAAGUUAAGGAGAUCUUGCUGUCACUGCUAUUACCACGCCAGAACCGCCUAAGAAAUGAGAUUGAAAAAGCUCUGGACAUGGAUCUCCUCAAGCAGGAAGCAGAACAUGGGGCCCUGGAUGUCGCUCAUCUCUCUAACUGCAUUCUUAGUUUGAUGACCCUGCUAUGUGCACCAGUCCGAGAUGAAGCAGUGCGGAAACUAGAAAGCAUAACAGAUCCUGUGCAGUUACUGAGGGGUAUCUUCCAUGUUCUGGGCCUGAUGAAAAUGGACAUGGUAAACUAUACUAUCCGGAGUCUUCGACCCUACCUGAAGGAACAUUCCAUCCAGUAUGAACGAGCUAAAUUCCAGGAACUCCUCGACAAGCAGCCCAAUCUCCUUGAUUGCACCACAAAAUGGCUAACCAAAGCAGCAACAGACAUCACUACACCAUCUUCGAGUUCUCCUGACUCUCCUAGCUCCUCCAGUAUGGCCUGUUCACCUCCAAAUUGGGCAGCUAACAACUCAGAGCUCCCCACUCCCACAAUGGUGCUAUACCAGGGUUACCUGAACCUUCUUCUCUGGGAUCCUGACAAUGAAGAAUUCCCCGAGACUCUGCUGAUGGACAGAAUCCGGCUGCAGGAGAUGGAAUCCCAGUUGCACCAGUUAACCAUCCUGGCCUCAGUCUUGCUAGUGGCCAGAAGUUUCUCUGGUUAUGUUUUAUUCAGCUCACCUGAAUUUGUGGAUAAAUUGAAAUGCAUAACCAAGGCCCUGACGGAGGAAUUUAAUUCCAGGCCUGAAGAGGCUAUGCUGAGUGUGAGUGAACAAGUGUCUCAGGAAAUCCAUCAAGGCCUCAAAGACAGGGACCUCACUGUCCUGAGCAGCAAAAACACAGCAUCUCUUAUAGGCCAACUCCAGAACAUCGCUAAGAAGGAGAACUGUGUUCGUAGCAUCAUUGAUCAGCGGAUCCGUUUGUUUCUCAAAUGCUGUUUGGUUCGUGGCAUGCAGGAAUCUCUGCUAGACUUCCCUGGAGGCCUUAUUCUCAUCAAGGGGGAGUUGGCAGAACUGGGCUGGAAGUUUGUCAAUCUGAUGCAUCACAAUCAGCAGGUAUUUACCCCCUACUAUGCUGAAAUCCUAAAAAGUAUCAUCCCUCCAACUCAGGCAUGAGAAACAGAAGUGGAAUCUAUCUGAUGAUGUUGGACCUCAGCUAUGGCAACAGGGACCCAGGAGACAGGGUUCAGCAUGUUCCUGGUGACAUCACCUGUGGCCAGCAGAGCAGCCAGUCCUCUUCCUAACUACAGCCAGGACACAGGGCUGCAGGGUUCAAGCAUGUAAACACUGACUGGCCCAAUCCCGUUCAUUAAUAAACUUCUGAGCUGCAAGAAAACCUCAAUUC